AAUGUCUGGACGUGGAAAAGGAGGAAAAGCUAAGGGCAAGUCAAAGACACGUAGUAACCGGGCUGGGCUUCAGUUCCCCGUUGGUCGUAUCCAUCGUCUUUUACGUAAAGGAAAUUAUGCUGAACGUGUUGGAGCUGGUGCACCAGUUUAUUUAGCUGCCGUCAUGGAGUAUUUAGCUGCUGAGGUACUCGAGUUGGCUGGUAACGCCGCACGAGACAACAAAAAAACCAGGAUCAUUCCAAGACAUUUGCAGUUGGCAAUCCGUAACGACGAAGAGCUGAACAAAUUAUUAUCUGGUGUUACCAUCGCUCAAGGAGGAGUUUUACCCAACAUCCAGGCUGUACUUUUACCUAAAAAGACAUCAACCGGUGGUGGGUCUAGUAGUAAAGGCGACAAGGCCUCGCAAGAAUAUUAAGUAAAUCAAUUAUGAUUAAUGCUGUUGAUUAAGGAGCUGCUCAGCUCAUUCAUUUUAAUUCUGUCCUGUUUGAUAUAUGUUUCUGUCUUGUUUCUUUUAAAACACAUGUAGAUCAUUUAUUUAAUCAUAUAUAUUUUUUUACUUUGAAUGGUUGAUGCUAUC